AUGUCCCGUUCUAUGGAUCCACUGGCAAAGAAGAUCUUUAAAGGAGUAUUAGUAGCUGAACUUAUGGGCGUUUUUGGAGCAUAUUUUUUGUUUAAUAAGAUGAACACAAGCCAAGAUUUCAGGCAUACAAUGAGCAAAAAAUUCCCCUUCAUCUUAGAAGUUUAUUACAAAUCCAUUGAACACUCUGGAAUGUAUGGAAUCAGAGAGCAAGAUCAAGAAAAAUGGCUGAGCAGUAAAAAUUAG